UUGAAAUCCAAGCAGUAAACAAACAUCUUUGGUUACUUGAAGCGUCAUGUUUGAAAAUUGGAAAUUCGUGUCAAGAUUUGUCAACCAGCAAAUUGCAAAAUAAUGUCUAUCAAGGAUUAUUUCUUGUUAUAUCAUAAUUAUGUGAACGCUGUCUCGUAACUUGGGACGCCUGAAGUGUUCGACGAAAAGCAUGCAGGACAAUGUCAAGAAACAGCCUUGGGGCAAAUGGGAGUUCAGUCCUCAACUGAGAGAUGCCUUAGAAAUAUUUGAGAAGACUUGCUUAGAGACGGAACCCCUUCCAGAGGAAUAUGCCUCAAAAAUACCACCAGUAUACUGUAAAGAGAAGCCACCAGACUCCGGUCUCGAAGAAAUGGAUAUUGAUGUCUUCGAGGAGUCCAGUCACCAAGAUGUCACUGUACCAGAUGUCCAACCUUCCCAGAUAUCACAGUCCUCUCAGAGUUUGGCUGCUCAAGAUGUAAUCCAGGCACUGGAAGAUGGAAAACUAAAUCCUGAGUGUCUAAAGGAAAUUCCAAAAAAUAAAAUAAAGAAAUUUCUACCACUACUCUCAGAUUGUGCCUUACUUAACAUGUCUGAAAUUGUUUGCAAGCUGAGAAAUGGAGAACUUGCAGUUCUUAUGUGUACAGAUGUAUUUUUGCCGUGGUUAAGCGAUACUACAAGAUCAUGCUCACGAAGUAUCCUGGAGGCUAUGAAACAGUUGACAAGCACAUAUCCAGCAGAAGUUAGCACUCAUUUACUGUGCCCGCUCAUCAUUGGUACAGUGGACCACCAGCAGAUACUUUCACCAAUAAUUGUGACUUUAGCUCCAGAACAUAAGAUCAGUGUCAUCAGGGCUGUUGUUGAAAGUGGUUCCAUGCAGUUAACUGAGUGGCAAGCAACACUUCUACAGGUAGCAAUUGUUCCUUCAACAGAUGAGAUACUAAAUGAGAAAAUAAUUACACUUCUUUUAAAGUCUGGUAGUGGAUUGUCAUCUAGUGCAAAAUUUGGACAGUUGCUGAUUACUGUUAUACAGAAAAUUGGUCCUUCAUUGUCUAUUAAUAAGCGAGAAUAUCUUGCAGCUGUUUUGGCUGAGCAUAAAACUGUAGCUCGUAAAAUUGGGGAGAAAGCUCUUAAAGCUCUGAACUGAGUGUUAAGAAACAACUUUUAAAUGUAAAUUUUUUACAAGUAUAUAACAAAAGUUCCUCCUAA